AUGGCAGAUUCUAUGAAGGAUUAAACACUCUCAACAACGAAACAGUUGCCAUCAAGCAUUUAGGCUUGAUCCUCUUCGAAAAGGACAAGUAUUUAAGCAAAAUAAUAGGCACAACACCCCUUCUAAAUCAACGAAGUGCAGGACAUAGAAAUCAUGAGUAAAAGAAUCAUAAGAACAGAGUCGAAUUUGUCGAGCUCUUGACUACCAAGAAAUCCUUAUUGAUUGUGAACUGA